AUGUUCAACCACUACUUUGCGUCAGUAUUUUCAACAAAGAAAGCUAACGAGGAAGACGUCAUUGAGUCUGACGAGCCAAUCAUGACUGAUUUAACAUUUAGUGAAGCCGAAGUUUCUUAUGUGUUGAGAUCACUUGAUUCAAGCAAAGCAACAGGUCCUGAUGGUAUUCCUGCAAGACUACUGAGGGAAACAGCAGAUGUGAUAACACCUUCCCUGUGCAAGCUGUUCAAUAUAUCAGUUAUUUCAGGAACAAUACCAGAUCAUGAAUGUAAAUUGGCUAAUAUUGUGCCCGUGCACAAGAAAGGUGACAAAGAGUAUGCUGAGAACUAUCGCCCAAUUUCCCUAUUAUGUAUUACAUCGAAAGUUCUGGAACGCUGUAUCCUAAACAACAUAAAAACUCGUUUGUAUGAUGCAGUUAACAUGUGGUUCAUGGCCGGGAGAUCUUGCAUAUCAAACCUCAUCGACACUCUUGACUACGUUGGAUCGUGUUUAGACAGUGGAGGACAUAUAGACAUGAUUUAUAUGGAUAUGUCAAAGGCAUUCGACAAGGUCGAUCAUGAUGUAUUAAUACGAAAGCUGCAGAAAGACUGUGGUUUUGGAGGUAAUCUCCUCAGAUGGUUUCGUUGCUAUCUAGAAAAUCGUAAACAACGCGUUACAGUGUUAGGAGCAAUGUCAGACCUACUUCCUGUCACGUCUGGUGUACCGCAAGUUCAAUACUUGGUCCAGCAUUGUUCCUCCUCUACGUCAAUGAUCUGCCAAGCAAUGUGA